AUGAAUUGGUUAUUUAUUACUCUUGUGAUUCUUUCUGCUGUUUCUAUUGGUCUUCGUGGGUCAACUUCAACAGUACAAACAACUAGAAACUCCAGUGCAGUAACUACCACAGUUCGUUCCACAACGCGGCCAACAUCUACCGCGACUCAGCCAACAUCUACCGCGACUCGGCCAACAUCUACGGCGACUCGGUCAACAUCUACCGCGACUCGGCCAACAUCUACCGCGACUCGGCCAACAUCUACGGCGACUCGGCCAACAUCUACCGCGACUCGGCCAACAUCUACCGCCACUCGGCCAACAUCUACCGCGACUCGGCCAACAUCUACCGCGACUCGGCCAGCAUCUACCACCAUUCGAUCAACAACUUCUAUAACCCGUCCGACGACCAGCACGACUUUCGUUACAAGUAGCACGACUCGUCCUUGGGUGAGCACAAGUCGUAGCACUUCAUUUCCCGUUUCUACUCGUACAACGUCCAGAAGUUCUACGAAGUUGACUAGUACUCGUCCCACAACGUAUUAUCCUUGGUCAAUCGAUUGUUAUUAUUGUAGUGCACUAAAUUGUCCAACACCUUUUAAUUCUAUGAGUGCAAGCGUUGAAUUGGAACACUCAAGAAAUGGAUGGUGUGUGAAAUCAAGUUCAAUUAAAUCUCAAGAAAGUUUUUACAGUCGUGGUGCUGAUUUAUAUAAUGUUUGCUCGGUAACUGGAUGUUCAUGGAAAACAGUUGGAGGAUUACGAACAUGGGUUUGUUGUUGUAAUAAAUCAUUAUGUAAUGGAGGUAUUUCAUUAUUACAAUCAAAUUCGAUAAUUAUUCUUCUAAGUUUAUCAAUUAUUUUUUCAUUAGAAAAGUUUCUUUAA